AUGUCUUCAAUACCAAACCUCAAUGCUCUACGCUCAGGGCGUAGGGGUCCAAGGCUACGUGGGAGGCGCGGCACACCAGGCCCGACAGAUGCACACAAUGAGCCCUCAUUCGGCCCGGAGGACGUCGAAAAGGCAAGGGACAGGAUCAUUCAGCAAACAGAUGGCGAUGCCAGCAGCAGCAGGAUGAGCGCCAUUUCCAUGCACUACCUUGACGACCACCACGCCAAGACAUUCUUCCAUCAAGGCGGAGAGGUGCCAAAGCGAUAUCCCAUCAUCAAUCGCGGAACCUACGUCCGAACAACAGCGAUCGAUAAGCUGGUCACGCGAUUCCUCGACACCCAUCCGGAGCAGCGAAAACAGAUCGUGUCGCUGGGCGCUGGCUCCGACACGAGGUUCUUCAGAUUAUGCGCGAACAAGCAUAACGUCGUGUAUCACGAGCUUGACUUCGAAGCAAAUGUGAAUCCGAAGCGUGCUGCAGUCCGAGCUUCUGAUGAGCUUACGCGCCUGACGCUGCCACAAGAGAACGGAUCGGCCUACCACCUUCACGCCAUUGACCUGAGAGUGUUGACUUGUAAGUCGCCGCCAAUACUGCCUGGGCUGGAAGAAGACCUGCCGACCUUGAUCUUGAGCGAGUGCUGUCUCUGCUACUUGCCACCCGACACUGCUGUCAGCGUUCUGAACUACUUUACCAUGCAUUUCAGAGAUGGCCGAGGCAUCAUCCUGUACGAACCAAUUCGCCCGUUUGAUGCGUUCGGCAAGACUAUGGUAUCAAACCUAUCGUCGCGAGGAAUUGAGCUUCGCACCCUCAAGCGAUACUACUCGCUCGACGCUCAACGAGAACGCCUGAGACUUGCGGGUUUUGGAGAUGGGCAAGGCGCCAGGGAUGUGUACCAACUCUUCAAUCAUGAUGAUUGGGUCGAUAAGGACGAGCGAGAGCGAAUUGAGAAGUUGGAGUGGCUAGAUGAGGUUGAGGAGUGGAAGCUCUUGGCAAGGCAUUAUUGUGUGGCGUGGGGUUGGAGAGGUCAAUUAUUCACCAAGGCCUGGGGAGCGAUCGACGGAUCUGGAACGUCAGAUGAACGGAUGGACGGGGAUAUGGGCUGA